UGUUAAGUAUAAAAAACGAAGUGAGAAUAUGGGGAGUUGCAGAGCUUUCUGUAAAUCUUUCCUUUUCCCUUUUUCCUUUUCCAUUAUUUCCACUCAUAAUAACCACACGUCCCCUUUCCAAACCCUAAAAUCCUCAACAAAACGAAGAAGAGUUGCUUCCAUGGCGGCAGCUUCUGCUUCUGCUUCCGAAUCAAGUGCUAGCGCUGCCCCUCCCUCUCCUCAAGCCAUGGAAGGCCCUUCCCCUUCUUCGGCGAUUGAUUUUCUCACUCUAUGCCAUCGUCUUAAGACUACAAAGAGAGCAGGUUGGGUUCGACGAGAAAUACAGGAUCCAGAAUCCAUAGCAGAUCACAUGUAUCGGAUGGGUGUGAUGGCUCUCAUUGCAAAUGAUAUCCCUGGGGUGAACAGAGACAGGUGCAUAAAAAUGGCAAUCGUGCAUGACAUUGCUGAAGCCAUUGUAGGCGAUAUCACUCCUUCUGAUGGUGUCCCUAAGCUGGAGAAAAGCCGAAGAGAGCGGGAAGCUUUAGAACACAUGUGCACAUUACUUGGUGGAGAGUCAAGAGCAAAGGAGAUAGCUGAUCUAUGGAUGGAGUAUGAAGAAAAUACUUCUUUGGAGGCAAAGUUUGUUAAAGAUUUGGACAAGGUGGAGAUGAUUCUUCAGGCCUUAGAGUAUGAAAAUGAACAAGGGAAAGAUCUGAAUGAAUUUUUUGAGUCAACCGCAGGGAAGUUUCAGACUGAUGUCGGCAAAGCGUGGGCUGCAGAGAUAGCAUCCAGAAGAAAGAGACUACGUUCUUCAUCUUAGUGGCCGAUAAACUGCUAACAUUUGAAGGUGGAUUCUUAUCGUGAAGUUUCAUACCCUUGUAUUAAUCUCAGCCCAUGUACUCGGGCGUCGCACACAAAGCACAAAGUGCUGUACUGGGUUUUUUGGAUGAGAAUUAUAUUUCUUGUUGCAACCUUGAGGCUCUCUCUCUCUCUCUCUCUCUCUCUGUGAUAAGUGAAACGCUAAGUUCUAAUUGGGCAUGCA